UCAAAUCCAGCCCAAAUGACCAGCAGCACCAGCAACGCGGCCACUAAGAAGAUCCGCACGGAGUACAUGAAGAAGUACCGUGAGCCGAAAUGGGAGAUGUUUUCCAAAUGCUACCAGGACUCUGUGAAGUACAGGCUCAGCCGCCGGCUGAUGGAGCAGAUGCACCGGCCGCUGUUCGGGGAGGGAUGGGACAGCGGAUCAGACUCCAGCGGGAGGUCCAGCCCCAGGGUCAGAAGGGUGACAGAGUCCUCGAACCCACCUCAGUCCUCCUCCGAGAGUGCAGAGGUGACCGCGGAACAGGACACGGACAACGCGGUGCACAACUCACUACCUGUAGAGAACGGAUACCAGCAUGUCGCAGCUAACGGGCCAUCUGAGCUCACAGUGAGACAGAGACACAGAGCUCCUCGAUCUGAACCCAGUUUCCCUCAGCGUGAGCUCGACACGGACGACUCCACUGACUCCGUACUGAGAAAACCGACUCGGGCCAAAAGCCAGCCGCCGGCCAGUGCAGCAGCGAGAACCUCAACAACAGACAACAGACGCUCGAAUAUCCGCUGCGACUGGGCCGAGAGGAACAUGGAGGCCAGGGAGAGGAGGAGGCUCAACAUGAAAGGCUCGGCGUCCGCUGGAGAGAUCCACCGGGCUGAUGUCGGGGUCCAGACAUACCGUGACUCUGAAAAGCGCGGGAAGCUCUCAGAGCGCCGGAGAGCGAGAUCAGCUGAUCUGGAGAAGUUGCGACGGUCAGAUUUUUCGGCAGCGGACGAUCGCUGGAUUACUGAAUACAUGCGCUGUUUCUCGUCCAGGCUAAGUUGUUGCGGCCAGAACGGACUGGACCAUGAUGCAACCAAAAGACUUCCAUUGUGCUUAUAGCUUGAAACUCAGGACACAUUUUUUUCAGUAGACGUUCUCGUAAAAUCUUGCGUCUUGGCAUCACCUUUUACUGGCCAAGUCCAGGUAAAAUGUGGAAGAAUGUAAAAAAACGAAUGCUUCAAAUACCCAGAAGAGGUGUUGAUCCCACCCAAAACCUUCGAUCUAUCCUGAAUGACAUAUCACUAUUGGACAAAAUUAUUAAUUUGUUUAUGUUUUCCAUUGAUUUACAGUAGUUGAAGAAAUCAGAUUGCAAAAUUCUGGUUGUUGAGAAAUGGAUAUUACAGCCAUGGAUUUUGCUCAUUUGCAACAAGUCCUGGUUAGCUAAGUUAGCUAGCUAGGAAUAACCUCAUAAGGGAAUUUCCUGUGGCAUGACUUGGAAGCUGCUAACUCUACAGUCAGUUACACGGCAUGCCUCAGACUCUCAGUUUCAACGUCUUUGCAAGAAUAACUCAAGAAGACCGCUUUUAAGAUAAAACAUGAGGACACUUUUACGGGUUGCAGGAUCAGAUCAAAAACCAGCAU